ACUGUUUCAACCCGCCCAGUAAUCAGUUAGAGUUAUCUGCCCCUGGUAUUCCACCACGAGGUACGGAGUGUUUGUGAUCGUUUGUCGCUCAGCUCAACAAUGGCUCAAGUGUUAAGCGGGAAGGAAGCGUCAGCAGACAUUCGGGGUAAGCUGAAGGUGGAAGUGCAAGAACUACAGGAGAAGUACCCAGGACUGGUGCCAUGUUUGGCCAUUGUACAGGUUGGUGGGAGAGAGGAUUCAAAUGUCUACAUCAACAUGAAGCUCAAGUCGGCGGCUGAGGUUGGCGUGGACGCUCGACACAUCAAAAUAUCCCGAACAGCCACACAAAAUGAAAUUAUCAAGACAGUAGAAGAUCUCAACAACAAUGUCGACAUCCAUGGAAUCAUUGUACAGCUCCCUCUGGACACAGACAAUGAAGUCGAUGCCAACUUGGUGACAAAUACCAUACUACAGGUGAAGGAUGUUGACGGCCUCCAUGUUGAUAAUGCUGGUCGACUGUCUCGCGGUGACCUCGACAGUUGUAUUCUCCCAUGCACACCUCGAGGCUGUCUGGACCUCAUUCACAGAUCAGGUGUGGAGGUGAAGGGCAAACAAGCUGUGGUGCUGGGCAGGAGCAAGAUCGUGGGAGCCCCGAUGUCCGACCUCCUGCUGUGGAACCAUGCUACCGUCACCCAGUGUCACUCCAGGACAGCUGACCUCAAGGCAGAGGUACAGAAGGCCGACAUCCUUGUAGUAGCUAUCGGCAAGCCCGAGUUGGUUCGGGGGGACUGGAUCAAGCCUGGGGCUGUAGUAGUGGACUGCGGCAUCAACUCCAUUCCAGAUGCAACCAAGAAGUCCGGGAAGAGGCUGGUUGGGGACGUGAGCUACAGCGAGGCGAAGGAGGUGGCGUCGUGGAUCACGCCAGUCCCAGGGGGAGUGGGGCCGAUGACCGUGGCCAUGUUGCUGAAGAAUACUGUGGACCAGGCAAGACGGGCCAUGGAGAGAGCUGGGGGGGUCAACAAAUGGAGCCUGACCUUGUUACCGCUGCAACUGAAGACCCCAGUGCCAAGUGACAUUGAAGUGGCCCAGUCACAGACACCACGGGACAUUGCGGUCCUGGCAAAGGAGAUAAAUCUUCAACCUGAAGAGGUCGACCUGUACGGGAAGAAGAAGGCGAAGGUCUCCCUGCAGGUGCUAAAGAGAUUGGCCAAUCAGAAGGAUGGACGCUAUGUAGUGGUCACAGGGAUCACGCCCACACCACUGGGAGAGGGAAAGAGUACUACUGUCAUCGGUCUGGCUCAAGCUAUCGGAGCACAGCUCAAGAAGAAUAUCUUCGCCUGUGUCAGGCAGCCGUCUCAGGGCCCCACAUUUGGCAUCAAAGGUGGCGCUGCUGGGGGCGGGUAUUCCCAGGUGAUCCCCAUGGAGGAGUUCAACCUCCACCUGACGGGGGACAUACACGCCAUCACCGCUGCAAACAACCUCACCGCCGCUGCCAUCGAGGCGCGCAUGUUCCACGAGAGUACCCAGAAGGACGAGGCCCUGUACAAGAGGCUGGUUCCCACCAAGGGAGGCAAGCGAGCCUUCUGUAAGAUACAGUUGAAGAGGAUACAGAAACUUGGCAUCACUAAGACCGAUCCUAAUGAACUGACGCCGGAAGAAAUACGUCAGUUUGCUCGGCUCGACAUCGACCCAGAAACAAUAACAUGGCAGAGAGUGAUGGACACCAACGACAGGUUCCUGCGGAAGAUCACAGUGGGACAAGGCCCUCAGGAGAAGGGGCACACCAGAGAGACCCAGUUUGACAUCACCGUGGCCAGUGAGAUUAUGGCCGUGCUUGCACUGACCACUAGCAUGCAGAACAUGAGAGAAAGGCUUGGCAACAUGGUUGUCGCCACUAGUCGAGCAGGAGAUCCGGUCACCGCCGAUGACUUGGGAGUGAGUGGGGCCCUGGCUGUAUUGAUGAAGGAUGCCAUUAGACCCAACCUCAUGCAGACACUGGAGGGCACCCCUGUGUUCGUACACGCUGGCCCAUUUGCUAACAUCGCCCAUGGCAAUUCCUCCAUCCUGGCCGACAAGAUCGCACUGAAACUGGUUGGGGAAGAUGGCUUUGUAGUGACUGAGGCCGGGUUCGGCGCCGACAUCGGUAUGGAGAAGUUCUUCAACAUCAAGUGCCGCUACUCUAGACUUGUCCCCAACGCUGUGGUCCUCGUGGCCACAAUCCGGGCUCUGAAGAUGCAUGGCGGCGGGCCCACGGUGACCGCUGGCGUUACUCUGCCUAAAGCCUACAUUGAGGAGAACUUGGAGUUGCUGGAGAAAGGCUGCAGCAACUUGAAGAAGCAGAUAGAAAAUGCCAACAAGUUUGGCGUCCCUGUGGUUGUUGCCGUCAACGCCAUGACGACUGACACUCCAGCUGAGCUUGACCUGGUCAAGAGGAAGUCAGUGGAAGAUGGAGCCUUCGAUGCCGUCAUCUGUCAACACUGGGCCAAGGGAGGACUCGGAGCUGCUGACCUUGCCGCCGCAGUGGAUCGAGCCACACUGCAGCCGAGCCAGUUCAAGUUCCUCUACGAUGUCACGCUGCCAAUUGAGGAAAAGAUCGAAACCAUCGCCCGCGAGAUCUACGGAGCAGACGGUAUUGAGAUUCUGCCUGAAGCCAAGACACAGAUUGAGAGAUACAAGAAACAGGGGUUCAACGACCUUCCCAUCUGUAUGGCCAAGACCCACCUGUCCCUCUCCCACAAUGCCGAGCUGAAGGGAGCCCCGACCGGGUUCACACUUCCCAUCCGAGAGGCAAGAGCCAGCAUAGGAGCUGGGUUCAUCUACCCACUUGUGGGGACUAUGAGCACAAUGCCGGGGCUGCCAACCAGACCAUGUUUCUUCGACAUUGACAUCGACCCCGAAACUGAGGAGAUCGUAGGACUCUCCUAACGGUUCAGACAACCUGUGUACAUAGUCAUUGGUUGUAACAAUUUUAGAAGUAUUAUAGGAGGUUGAAAUGACAUGAAUGGAAUUGCUAGAUGUCUGUGAAAGUUUUAUCUAUGCCAGUGCCUGUCAGUUAAACAGACUUUAUAAUUAGUAUAAAUGGUCGAUUAAUAAGAGCUUGAUUAAGCAACCCAGAUUUACGCCCCUUAACGCCAUUUCAGUAAUGUCAGUGUCUCAACUUUAUGUGGGAGGAAAGCCCAAAGAGAUGCAUGUCUUAGAUGUUUACCGGGGCGGUCGGGUGGGAGUGGUUAAAGCGUUCGCUCGUCACGCCGAAGACUCGGGUUCGAUUCCCGACAUGGGUACAAUGUGUGAAGCCCAUUUCUGGUGUUCCCCCGCUGUGAUAGUGCUGAAAUAUUGAUAAAAGCGGCGUAAAAACCAUACUCACUCACUCACUUAGAGGUUUUCCACUUUGUUGGAAUCCACAAGCAUGGGUAUGGUGCUCAAACACUCAACACUCAUGAAAUUAAUGGACCCAAUGCCCCUGUGAAGAUCUUCAGCGACCCAUGCUUGUCAUAAGAGGCGACUAACAGGAUCGGGUGGUCAGGCUCGCUGACUUGGUUGAUGCAUGUCAUCAUAUCCCAUUUGUGUAAAUCGAUGCUCAUGAUGUCAAUCACUGGAUUGUCUGGUCCAGACUCGUCUAUUUUCAAAUGCGUAUAACUUCAUUUAUGGCCUAAUGUAAUCAAGGUACCUGCUUGAGAAUUUUAUAAUUUGUAUUAUUGUAAAUCAUGCUUAUUAGAGCCAUAGUUAUAGUUAUACCUUUUUGUUGCAUUUGUGUGUUCAUGAACUAAAGACCAAAAUGUCUUUCUCUUGUACAAAAUAUACAAUUAAUGACUGUCAGAAGAUACGACGUUCCUGGCAUGAAAUGAGAUUUGAGUUUGAUGUUUUGACAGUUGUUUAGUGACAUAGAAAUAACCUUAAAAUUUGUUUUCAAGUUAAAACUAAUCAAAAUGAGAAUCUCUUGCAUUAGAUUUGAAAAUAUAUAACUGUAUAUCCCGUGGAAGUCAGUAUUUGAUAAUAAAUGUUCACAAAUGUAAUGGAGUAUGCUGCUCGAACCACUUUUAAAUGCUGCUUGGUUCAUGUUAUGAUGUCAUUAAAGUCAGAUCUUACCGCGAGUGUCAUAGGGUGUCUGUUCCUGGAGAGAAAUUGUUCCUUUUUGCUAUAUUUCUCCAGGGGAAUUAAUCCCCAUGGAACAGAUUUUACAAUAAAAAUGUUUCCACAAUACAAUUACGCUGGUAAUAUUUGUUCAGAUGGGGAUUCCACGUAAGACUGAUCAUCCUUGACUCUAGAUACUGCUACACAAGAUGUUUAAUGGUAGCAAGCACUAAGAUCUGAUUUUAUUGGAUUGGUGCUGUUGGUGCUCAAUGAAUACUGCUUUUAUAUUUGAUCAUAUCUUUCGUGUGUUGAAGAUUUUUUAACUGCUGUUUCCCAGGAGCGCUCCAAAGCUCAUGGUGACGAGCUCUCACGCUUCAUGGAUAGCUAGUUGUGUUGGAGUCAGGGUUGAAUACAUUGCUAAAAGUGAUGUAAAUCAAUCGCUGAUUCAUGCAUGGAUGUUGGAGUUGGAUUGUUAUGAAUUGUACGAAUAUUGUUUGAGAUUCAAAUUGAUUUGUUAUAUGUUGUUGUUUUCUAUUCAGAUGUUAUCUGUACAUUUGAUGACACUGUUUAAGAGAAUUUAAUGUUUGAAAUCAUUGACUUCCCAAAUCAUUGUUUUCCAUGUGUUGUGCUACUGGUGACAUUCAUAUUCGGACAUGAUCGUAAUGUUAAUCCUGGUAUAAGAGGUUCGAAAAUGCAAGAUUCACUACAGUUAAUGAAUCUUAUCAGUCAUCCACUUGUGUGAUGUGCAAGAUGGGAACGUGAAGAUUUAACACAACAAACCACUGUUUUAGAAAGUAUAUUUUCAGAAAACACUCUAUAUACCCUGGGAAAUGUUCAUGAAUAAUAAUAAUAUUUCCGUGUAACAGCAUGAUUUCAUUGAUCUCUAACACAUGACAUGUACAUAUAUAGAGGCGGAUCCAGAGACAAUUCCCCCCCCCCCCUAACCCAGAGGAUCUUGGAUAAUUAGGACCCCUCCCUCUUAAACAUGCUGGAUCCGCCCCUGCACAUACCACUGGAAGGUGAUAAAUCAUUCCAAGAAAUGUAUAGUGGCAACUCCAUAUUUGGUGUUGCUCUAGGUGUAUGGGACAAGGUUUUGUGUCAUUAAGCUUUUAUUGUGUGGAAGAUUUGGUGCAAUCUCCUGUUGAGUUGAGUCACAAUCAAAACCUUACCAAGCUGUGUACAACAUGUGCUUCAACUUACCAAGCAUUUUAUCAACAUCAUUGUUCAGUUGUGGAAACAGGUUCAGAGAUGGGUCUGGAACAGAAUGGUGUUAAGGAUUUGAUUAUGUUUAUGUUCAGUGCCUGUACUCAAGAAUGAUUGAGGUUUUCGUAAUAAAUGAAGAAUAUUCCA